AUGGACCCCAUCAUCAUAACGCCGGAUGACGUAGCUGAGGCAGUCCGUAGGGCCCCGAACUGGAAAAGUCUGGGACUCGACGGACUGCAUCACUACUGGCUGAAGGGGUUCGUGGUGUGUCACGCUGUGCUCGCCCGACAGUUUCAAGAGGCUCUCGACCAAAAGACGCUUCCGAGCCUCUUCACUACUGGGAUCACUCAUUUGGUUCCUAAAGACCGGGAUUCCACAGACCCGAGCAAAUACCGCCCCAUUACGUGUCUACCCAUCAUAUUUAAGACACUGACAUUCAUUUUGAGUACACGAAUCAUUCGUCACUUGGAUUUAAACCAGGUGAUGUCGCGUGCUCAGAAUGGAUGCCGGGGCGGUGGUCGUGUAACCAAGGAACCACUCCUCAUUGACGCGGUCAUUGACAAAGUGGUUAAACGCAACCGUCGGAACUUCUCCGCCGCCUGGAUAGACUAUAGAAAGGCAUUUGACUCGGUGCCCCAUACAUGGCUAAAGAGGGUCCCCGAGGUGCACAAGGUUGAUUGUACAGUUAGAGACUUCCUCGGGCAAUAUAUGGGGCAGUGGAGUACAGCCCUUUGUCAUCUAGGCGAGCAGAUGACGGAGCGUUCAGUUCGGUCUGAGUCCACCUGA